GGCCGCCAUCUGGUACGACUCGGGCCUCGCCCAUGAGGAGUCUAUGCACCACAAGUCAGAGCUGUGGAGGAUGGAGAGGGAGAUGGGUCUCAUGGACAGCGAAAACUACCCCGAGCUGGGAUACCACGCCUGCACCAAUGGGUGGAUCGAGGCAAUCCCAGGGGACCGCAUGCAUACGUUCCGCUGUGACCAGAUGGAUCUACACCAUUUCCUGUCACAUGGUGCCCUUAACAGCACUGGCCAGGGGUCCGGCACUUGGGGCUGGAUUUCAGACGAUGGGCGCGAGUUUGCCGCCAUUGGGCAGGAGGACGGUGCUGCCUUUGUCGAGAUCAAGGACGGGAAGCUUGUGCUUGUGGCCAGGCUUCCUCAGCCUCCCACGGCUUUGGUUAGCAACUGGAGAGAGAUGAAAUCGUACAAGAACUACAUGGUCAUUGGAUCCGAAGCCGUCGCACACGGUAUUCAGAUCUUCGACAUGACCAAGCUUUUGGACAUUGACGUCGAGGCAACCGGCCCAGUCGUCUUUGAUCCCAUCGCGGACCUCUCGGGCUACACAAACGACCUGCCUAUCGGCCGUAGCCACAACGUGGUCGUGAAUGAGGAGCGCGACUACAUGGUGGCUGUUGGCUCCCAGCCCCGAAACGACAGCUGCCGUGCGGGCCUCAUCUUCUUUGACAUUACCGAUGUCGCCAACCCUGUUCGCCAGGGCUGUGCUGCCGACGAUGGCUAUGUCCACGAUGCUCACUGUCUCGUCUACCGCGGCCCCGACAAGAGGUACGAUGGCAAGGACAUCUGCUAUGGAUAUAACGAGGACUCUCUGACCAUCUACGACGUCUCCGACAAGACGACAACCAACAUCAUCUCCCGUACCUCGUAUGAGGGAGUCAAUUAUACCCACCAAGGCUGGGUCACUGACGUCAAUAACCAGGAGUUCUUGCUUAUGAACGACGAGCGGGAUGAGCGCUACAGAGCCGGACCCGCCUCGGACGGGUUUCCCGUCGUCUACGUCUGGGAUAUCCGCGAUUUGGAGAAGCCCAAGCAGACGGGCACUUACAAAUACCCGACCAGGGCCAUCGACCACAACCUGUACAUCAAGGACGGCAUCAUGUUUCAGAGCAACUACGGUAAUGGUUACCAGCUGAUGGACGUGUCCUCGGUCGGUCCCUCGGACACCACAGGCUCUGGUAUCUGCCGCGCCGCCUUUAUCGACAUUUAUCCCGAGGACGACAACGUUGCCGGUGGCGGCAUCAUCGAGUUUGUGGGCACGUGGUCUUCGUGGGGUUGGUAUCCCUCCGGCUACCACGUCGUCAACACAAUCGAGCGUGGUGUUUUCCUGGUCAAGCCGACGUCCCUCAAGUGCCCGCCCGCACCCACCUGCAAUGCCGACAACUGCCUGCGUGCCAUGCGUGCCGAGAGUGUCCAAGGCCGCCUCGAGGAGAGCCAGGAGUUCUGCGCAACAUACACGGCGAAUCUCGUGACUGAGGUCAGCGUGCUGCCGGAAUAUGCCACCAAGGCUUGCACCGGUGACGCCAUCUCGCGUGUCAGCAGCGCGUGCGCUUGCAUUCCCACCGUUGCCCCGGCAAACUAG